AGUGGGAUUAGCUGGGGCGUGAGCGCCCCAUUCAGUUGCGAUCUUCUCGAGAUGGCGGGCGGUUCUCCAGAAACGCAGAUCCAGUUCUACGAACGCGAGCUCAACAUCCGCCGGGUGAUCGAGGAGUGCGACCUGCAGCGCCUGGACCAGGCCCUCAACAUCUGCGACCUGUCCAGCGUGGAGCGCAAGCUGCGCCUCUGGCAGCGGCUCCUGCCCAGGAUCAAGCCCUUCUACGCCGUCAAGUGCAAUGAUGAUCCCGUGGUGGUCAGGCUGCUGGCCGAGCUGGGCGCCGGAUUCGACUGCGCCUCCAAAAACGAAGUCAAGCUGGUCUUGGGCUUCGAUGUCCCACCAGAGCGCAUCAUCUUCGCCAAUCCCUGUCGCCCUGUGAGCCAUCUGGAGUACGCCAAGGAGCACCAGGUGGCCAAUGGAACGGUGGACAAUGAGUUCGAGGUGUACAAGCUGCACACGCAUUAUCCCAACUCCAACCUGAUCGUGAGAUUCAAGAGCGAGGCCAAGGAGGCACAGUGCCCACUGGGUGACAAAUUUGGUUGUGAUGCGGAUGUGGAUGCCGCGGCCCUGAUGCUGCUGGCCAAAUCGUUGGACCUGAAGGUGACCGGCACCAGUUUCCACGUGGGCUCCGGGUGCAGCGAGCUGGAGGCCUACGAUCGGGCCAUCAAGAAGGCCAAGAACCUCUUCAAGUUCGGCGCCCUACUAGGCUAUGACAUGGACUUUCUGGACAUCGGCGGUGGCUUUCCCGGCAGCGAUGACGGAAAGUUUGAGAAGAUAGCGGAGAGUGUGAAUACCUCGGUGCAGCGUCAUUUUCCCAACGAACGCGUUCGAAUAAUCGCCGAACCAGGACGCUUCUUCGUGGCGGCAGCCUGCACCUUGGUUUGCAAGAUCCACGCCAAGCGGGAGAUCAGGAAUGAAGCUGGCAAGCUGGACACCGUGAUGUACUACCUGAAUGAUGGCGUCUAUGGCUCCUUCAACUGCAUUCUGUACGACCAUCAAGUGGUGACAGCAGAGCAUUAUCUGGACAAUGCGGAUUCUUUGCCCCAGUUAAAGUCCUUGAUUUGGGGGCCAAGUUGUGAUGCCCUGGAUAAGAUUUCGGAGGACCUGCACUUGCCCAACCUAAACCGAGGCGACCUUUUGGGAUUCCGCAAUAUGGGAGCCUAUACAAUGCCCAUUGCCAGUCCAUUUAAUGGAUUCGAAUUGCCUAAGACCCUGUAUUUCCGAGCGAUAUGACUAAAACACCUACUCAAACCAAUAAAAGCAACAUUUUGUGGACUUAA